UUUGUAUAAACAGCAUAUCUGAUAAGAAUAAUCUAUUUUUAUAAAUUUUAGCAAAAUAUAUGGAGUAUAUACAUUUUAUAUGAAACAUCAGAUUGUACUAUUUAUAGCAAUAUACAAGAAAUCUACGUUGUUAUUGGCCGGAUAGAAAUAAUUGAACUCCAGUGUCCUUGUUAAAUUUACUAUCCAGUGCAUUAUUGGAGUGAUUGAACGUCAUUGUUUGAUCAAACAUACGAGAUGGAGCCGAUAAAUGUUGUUGUAACUGGGGCUGCCGGCCAAAUUGCUUAUUCUUUAUUAUAUCACAUUUCAUCGGGAUCAAUAUUUGGUCCAGAACAACCAGUUAAUCUUAAAUUAUUGGAUAUACCACCCAUGAUGAAAGUUUUAGAUGGAGUAAUUAUGGAACUUCAGGAUUUGGCACUUCCUCUUAUUAGAGAAAUUGUACCAACAACUGACCCAGUUGUAGCUUUCAAUGACGUAGCUGCUGCUUUCUUAGUUGGCUCCAUGCCACGUAAAGAAGGAAUGGAACGCAAAGAUCUUUUAGCUGCCAAUGUUGAGAUUUUCAAGGUACAAGGUGAAGCUCUAAAUAAGUAUGCACGUAAAGAUGUAAAAGUGUUGGUCGUUGGAAAUCCAGCUAAUACAAAUGCUCUUAUAUGUGCACAUUAUGCAACAUCUAUUCCAAAAGAAAAUUUCUCAGCUAUGACUAGAUUAGAUCAAAAUCGAGCAAAAGCUGCUUUAGCAAUUCGAUUAGGAGUUCAGGUUGAUAAAGUAAAAAAUGUUAUUAUUUGGGGCAAUCAUAGCUCAACUCAAUAUCCUGAUGCGACGCAUGCUACUGUAGAUUUCGGGGAGUCUACUAAAAGUGUACCAUCUGUAAUAAAUGAUAACGAUUGGUUAGAUACUACUUUUGUAGAAACAAUCCAAAAACGUGGAGCUGCUGUAAUUGCAGCAAGAAAAAUGUCAUCUGCUAUGUCAGCAGCUAAAGCUGCAGCAGAUCAUAUGAAAGAUUGGUGGGUAGGAACCAAACCAGGUGAAUGGGUGAGCAUGGGUGUUGUUUCUGAUGGAAGCUAUGGUAUAGCAAAGAACCUUGUUUUCUCUUUUCCUGUUACCAUAAAAGAUAAACAAUACAAGAUUGUCCAAGGACUUCCAAUGAGUGAAUUUGCUCAAUAUAAACUAAAAAUCACAGCCCGGGAAUUGGAAGAUGAGUACAAAGAAGCAAAUAAUAUCCUUCAGAAUUGACUAGAAUCUGCAGAAGAUUACACUUUGGAAAAGAAACAGUCUAUACCAGCCAAGUUAUAAGAAAUAUCUAAUUUGUUGUACAUAGAUAAUAUAUAAGGAGAUAUGGGAAUAAUUGUUUCUUAUUGUUAAAGAAUGAUAAUUUACCAUUGAGGGAAUUAAUAUUACAAAUAUCAGUAAAAAAUUUGAACAAAAGUUCAAAUUCGAUUUGAUAAUCGUUGUUUUAAAUAUCGUUUUACAUUUAUAGAUAAACUUUUUCUAUGUAAUGUAAGCCAUCAGAUUUAAUCGAGCAUAAUAAAAUUAGAAUAUUGAAAAAUC